GUUUAUUUCACAGGAGAAUGGUCUGCCGUGGUCAGCUACAUAUAUGUUGGGGUGUGUGAUACAGUGUUUACUGUCUGUAUGAACACACACAUCAUGGUGCAGCUGCGGUGUUUUGUGGUGCUGCUGUGCUGCGCGGCUCCGCUGGCGGCGGCUCCCACAGGAGGCGCCUACCUGCCGGGCUCAGGCAGGUUUUGGCACAUCACCGACCUCCACCUGGACCCCACCUACCACCUGGCCCAAGAUCCCACCAAGGUGUGCUUCUCCUCCAAAGGAGCCCCCGCCACCCACGCCGGCGUGUAUGGGGACUUCCUGUGUGACUCCCCAUACAGCCUCAUCCAGUCAGCCUUCAAACACAUGGCAGAGCUCACGCAGCCGCAGGACUUCAUCAUAUGGACCGGUGACAGUCCACCACAUGUGCCUGUGGAUGAGCUUUCUACAGAAACAGUGAUCCAGGUCAUCAGUAAUAUGACUCAGAGCAUCAGACAACACUUUCCAAACAUGACUGUCUAUCCGGCUCUGGGAAACCAUGACUACUGGCCACAGGACCAGAUGAUGACCUCCACUAAUGCCAUCUACAAGGCUGCUGCCCAGCUGUGGGCACCCUGGCUGCAGACUGAAGCUCUGCUCACGCUUUCACAAGGCGGUUUCUACUCUCAGCUGGUAAAACCUGGUUUGCGGGUAGUUAGUCUCAAUACGAUCCUCUACUACAGUCCUAAUAAAGUCACAGUUAACAUGACUGACCCUGCUGGACAGUUUGAAUGGCUGGAGAAAACUCUGGAGAGUGCUGCUCAGAGCCUGGAGAAGGUCUACAUCAUAGCCCAUGUCCCAGUGGGUUACCUGCCCUUUGCCAGAAACAUCACUGCUAUGAGAGAGAUCCACAACGAGAGGCUGGUCAGCAUCUUUAGGGAGUACAGUCAUGUUGUUGCUGGACAUUUCUAUGGCCACACCCAUCGAGACAGCAUCAUGGUGCUGCUGGACCAGAAAGGUAAACCAGUGAAUUCUCUUUUUGUGUCACCGGCCGUUACACCAAUCAAACAUGUUUUGGAGCCCUACUCUAACAACCCAGCUCUCCGUAUGUACUUGUACAACACCAAGGACUACGCUAUGUUGGAUAUCUGGCAGUACUAUUUGAAUCUGACGGAAGCCAAUGAGAAACAAAGAUCCGACUGGAGACUUGAAUAUAUCAUGACUGAGGCUUUUGGACUGACUGACCUCCAGCCACAAAGCCUCCUCCAGCUGGGCCUGAGCUUCAGGCUGCCACAGACCAAAGCCUUUGACAAGUAUUUCAGUCACUACAUGGUCAGCUACAACAGCACCAUCACCUGUGAAGGAGACUGUAAGGUCAUCCAGGUGUGUUCUGUACUCUACCUAGACCAACUCUCCUACUCCAAAUGUGUCGCAAAGGGAGAAUGAUCACAUGAACAUGGACCAAAAAGGAAGGAUCCUCAAAGGAUUCAUCUCAGCUGUCACAUUUAGUUGUUUUUUUUAUUCUUAAAAGCGAUUUAUAUAUUUACUUGAAUGCUCGCAUCAUGUAAAAGUGUUUGCUGUGCACUGAUUCUGCUGUUCCCAAAUACUAACUAUUUUACUUUUACUCUUUUUUUCAAAGCUGGUUCAUCAAGAUUUUGCUUUCUGGUAUCAAAUUGCACAAUUCAACAUAAACCAAUAGUAUAGAGAAAAUACACAAUACACUAUAACACCUAUUAUAGAUAUUUUUAAUUAUAUUGAGCUUUACCCCUCAACCAUAAAAGUCUGUUUUCAAAAAAUGAGAGCAUGAAUGCUGAUUAAAGUGAAUGUCAUUAGA